CUGAAGAACUCUUGCAGUGCAGUGUACGUAUCAUGAUUGGAUCAUUAACUCUACUCAGCACUCUUGUAACUUUGCUUGGUAAGUUGAAAUCUUAUGAUGGAGUUCGAAGCGGUGUUUUGUUUUGUACUCAGCUGAGGAGCGAAUGUUGUGACGAUCUAUUUUGAGCAUCAGUGAUGGUUUACAUUUGUAUCAAUACCUUUCUUUGCGCGGAAAUUUUAAGAUUUCCGAACGCUUUUGAUUACACACCUAUCAACGGUAUUCAUCGACCUUCUGUUCUUUGAAAUUCCUGUUUUCAAUCAAUGCACACUUACUGAACAGAUUCGUUUUAAGAAUGCCUCGCGGCUGCUAGUAAAGAGCUUUAUCAUUUAAAUUUCUCACUUCCUUAUCAUCAAUACAAAAUUGGUUACGAUGUGGAAUAGAAAGGCUUAUCAUUCUAUACAGCCGCGCGCACGAAAUCAUCCAAUUGCAGAAAAUAACGUCUGGCAUUAUCCGUUUUAUGAUUUCCCAGCGUACGUGAGAGCAUCGCGCUGAUACAACUGAAAUUUUGAGUAUCUCAUUUUCAAGUAUUUGCCUAAACCAAACUUGAGACGGAUCGAAUCGCAACCAUUUCAACUUGAUUUGUGUGACCUUGUCUCAAAUAUCCCAUCUCAGACAAGAAUGGCGCCUGCUUCAAUGCUAAAGAAAUAUUAAGAAAUUCAGCGAGCUAAAGGAAAGAAUUAUGAGCUCAGUUGAUGGUGGAGAAAGGAAUUUCAAAGCAAUUAGAAUCCGAAAUUUUGCACUGAAAGAAUGAGUAAUAUGCCCUUAGACGAUCUGUAAGAUAAGAUGUUAAACUUCCGCUGACAGUUUCAUUACACCAGAUGUUAUGACUGAAGCCCCAAAAGUAAAAUGUGGUCAAAUGUCACAGGUAUUUCAGCAAAAACUAUUGAAAAUCACUCAUUUUCGAUCUUUGAUUUGGAUUCUUCGUAUGGAGAGGGGGAGAAAAUUGCAAGAGUAUGAUACAAUUAAUUUUUCACAGACGUCAGAAAUGUAAAUCUAGCUACAAUGGCGCUAUUUAGAUACGUAUGUGAAUUUGUUAUUAGUUCGGGAUAGUUAUUACGACACAAUAUGGCGACCAUUUCGUCAAUCGAAGAUUUUAGUACCCAAUUCGAAAUGUUCACUGUUUACCCGUUAUUACUCGCCGUAUGUACCAAUAAUUCGAUUGGAAAUUAGUGAAUAGAUACUGAUCUUCGCGUGUACUCAAGAUGGUGGUCAUCAAGGAGUGAUAGACGCGAAAUUUUGGGCACAGAAGUAACAGGACAGUUGAAAUGAUACGUUUGGUUGAGGUAUGUUUUUCAACUUUACAUUUAAGUUUAGGUCAGUAAGUGAAUUUUUUCGGAGUCCAAAAAUUUUGGAGCGGUUCUUCAAUCUAUUUUCUUCCGAUGCAUCUGUUCAUUACCGUGAUGCAAACUGCAGGGAAAAAGUGCUGGGGGUGGUCUUGAAUAACCGGUCAGGCAGUCGCCAAACUCCAUUUUGUGUUUUUGAUGAUGUUUCCAAUCUUUCUGUUUAUCAUUCGAACAUUAUUGUCUAAUUUACGAUCUCUUAUCACUGAACAAUACUCAGUUUGUAAGAAAACCUUUUUAAAACAAUGAUGGUUCCUUUCAUUGUGCUGUUAUUACCUGAAGAGAACCUAAGAAUCGCCUAGUCAAACGAGAGCCCGCUGUCAUCGAAUGUUAUUCUCCGUUUUAGGAGUGACCUUGGUUUGGCCUCUAGUUGCUUCAUGCUAAAGAUAAACUCUGGCUUGAUAAGCAAUGUGGCUCAAGUACAGGUUUUUACUUUAUCUUGCCACAAGUCAGGAAAUGGUCUGGGAAAAAAGGUCCUUCAAGGUCAUGGAAAACUCACGGAAUUUCACCCUACAAAAUACUUGUUCAGUUUUAUUGAAAGAUUUUGCGGUAAAUGUAUUAGAGAAACCUGUUUAGAAUAUUAACAUAUGAUUUGCAAAGAGUGAAACGGUAUAAAUAUAAUUGUAGGUGUACAUAUAUUCUUUAAAAUCUGAUUUCUGGUUAUCUUUGUAUAGGUAUGUAAUGUUUUGCCAAAAGAAACAGCGAGGCGAAGUACUACCCCAUACAACGGACGCCUUAACUCAACGCAUCAAGCGAGCUAAUUGUCAGGCAUAUGUAUAGAGGAAUGCUUUGAAAGCGAUGCAGCAACUACCGCCACCAGAAAGUAAGGGUUGAUACAUAGAAGGUGAAAUGUUGAAACCUGUCCUGAUGACCAAGGAUCCAGCACCAAGAAGUCUGCUUGAACUAACCACAUGCCAAUGCAGAAGAUUAUGUUAUGCAAGUUGUUCCUGUUCUAGAACCGGCCUUCCCUGUACAGAGUCCUGCAUGGCAGAUGAAGAAGCCUGCCCGGAACCCUCAGUGCACACUGCUUUUUUUUGAUAGUGACUCUGAAAAUGGUGACUACGACUAGCUAUAGUUAGGCGCCUCCUUAACCCUUUAACUCCCAGGAUCUGAUUGUUAAUUCUCCCUCCCUUGCUGCAACACAUUUCCUUGUAAAUUAGUUGGAAGAAUUUGGUGUUGGAUCAAGAUAAAAACUUCUACCUGAUACAUUUGGGUAUUCUCACCACCUGUUUGCUGGAUAGUGGAUGGAUAUUGUAAGGAGAAGUUACAUGUGAAUCACUUCUGGGAGUUAAAGGGUUAACCACCUACAUAGUUUAUUACUCUUGAAAACCCUAAUGUAUUGUUUCAAACGGUACGGUACGCACAAUUUGAGAUGCAUUUUUUUUUCUAAUUGGGUAAAAAAAAUUGAUCAACGUUCUAACGCGGUUGCUUUUUAGUAGUAGUUUGGAAAAAUUUUAACUGUUUGACUGUCGAUUGUAAAUAUAGAGGACAUCUUGUUCAAGACUGCUUUAUUUUAUCACAUGUAAACCGUUUUUCUGAAAAUAAUUGAUAUUAGUUCUUCAAGGAUUCUUAGUAGUGAUAGCCCGAAAACUUGAACACAAUCUUCUUAAACUAGAAGCGUGUUCAGGUCUUGUCAUUUAAUUGUCCAAGCAUUCAUCUUCCAUCAUUAAACAAAGAAAAAAAUACCUGUAAAUGGUGAAGUGAUUGUUUUGGACAGCCAAAUGAUAAAGGUUUGUGGUAAGAAAGGCCGAGAAUCAAAUUUUAUACUUGAUUAUAAAAGACAAGGAUAUUUAAUAUUUUGAAAGGUUUCUUAGGGAUUUUUCAUGUCACGCGAUGAGUCACGUGACGUCCCUUCAUGAUAAAAAACCAAUGAAACAAGUAUUUUGAACUAGCUGGGUAUUUGGACCGCAAAUGUUGAUAUGGGUGUUAAAAAAAGGAGCAAACAAAUGUCAUGCACUUUACAACCUCGUUUUCACCCCGACGAAGGGGUAACGUAGCAAAACCCCCCUCUCUCUCUGAUCGUAUAGCACUUUUCGACUUCACGACGUAGUGAACGUUACUCAAGAGGUAUUGGUCUAAUAAAAUCUACUGUCACACCUUUUCUAGCUCGUGGGUUGAACGAAACCCCGAUUUUCCGGUCUCUGCUACCGGACUACAAGGACAAAAUCAAAGAGAUAGUCAUGUUGUUACGCUCCCGAGGUUUCCCUUGCUUAAGCACGGCUUUACGUGUAUUCACAUGUAUCCCUGGUGGAAGGUAUUUUGCUGAAUGCAUUACCCCCUCACCGCCCCCCCCCACCCAAAAAAAAGGGCACGUGAUCAGAACAAGGUUACAGCUAGCGGCGUGGACAGAGCUAAAAACUAUUUGCAUAUGUCACGAAAAUUUUUCGGGUUCGCUCGAAAAACUAUCGUGAAAUGGUUAAGAACAGAGGAAAUAGAAUAAAGAGGGUUGAAAGGGACGGGUCUAGAGUCUUUGCCGCCUUCCACCAAGCAUGGUACCCUCUGCAGCUAAUUUCACCUAAACCCCUUAACUCCCGGAAGUGAUAAAAAUGUAACUUCUCCCUAUAAUAUUCAUACAUUAUCCAGCAAAUAGGUAAUGGAAAUACUUGAACCUACCAGUAGUUGCAGUCUUGAUCUAACGCAAAAUUCUCGUAACUUUUUCACCAAGUUACAAGUAGCAGCUAGAGGGGAGAAUUAACAAUGAGAUCGUGAGAGCUAAAAGGAUUAUCUACGCCAUAACACAUAACUUCAUUCCUGGAAACAAACGUGCCUGGACAGAUAAGACCCUUGGAACGAAUUUACCGAGCAAAAGUACUGUAGACAAACAGUACCAAAAGGACAGUAACAAGUACCUGAAUGAAAACAAUCGUAACAAAUUCCUCCUUUUAGUACAUCCAUUGUGGUGCUUGUGAUCUGAUUGGCUCUCGGCAGCGCGAUUUAUUCACGAAUCGCAUUGGCUUUUCGUCGCAUUAGCGUCAGACAUCAUGCUUGUGAUUUCAAAUCGAACAGACUGUUAAAAUCUCGUUUCCGAUUUAAAAUAUUAUUUAAACUCAACUCAUUUUAAUUACCAUUGUAAAUCAAUAACUUCAAACGACAAGCGUUUGUACACACUAACAGCUUUCCUAUGUUACUUUCUGGCCUUCUCAAAGUUUGAAGACGCACCCCGAAUCUGAGACAGUUCAAGUGUGAUCAGGCGAAAUAUCUUUGAAAAAAUGCUGCGCCUUAUAACCGAAAAAUACGGUAGCUAAAUUAUUUUGUUUUAUCUUGUUUUACCUAUCACCAGGUCAAGGCCAAGCCUAUCAAAUGAGAUGGUGCACAGUUUCUGAUAAAGAACAGCAAAAAUGCAGCGAGUUUCAGACUGUUCUGGAAAAACUGGGGAAAGAUUCCAAUGUUAACGCGAGUUGUGUUCAGGAUAAUAGUACAAUUAAUUGUAUGAAAAAAAUCAAAAACGGAGAGGCUGAUCUGAUUACGUUGGACGGAGGAGAAAUAUCUCGUGCAGGUAUAAUUGUCAUUGUUAAGGAAAAGUUUGUGAUAAGAAAGCCCAUUAUGAUUAAUCUUGCUUAUAAGGUGAGUCUGUUUAAUCUUGUUACUUUACCCGGCUGAUUCCGUAUUCAACAAACAGUGGAGAUUGCAUGAAAGGUCAGGCAAUGUUUUUUUUUUUUUUUUUUUUUUUCGCGGAUUGAUGACGGAAGCUACGACUUGAUUUAAUAUUCCUAGGUAAAGAUUACAUGAUGACUCCUGUGGUUGCUGAAACUUAUGAUGAGGUUGGUGUUCCCUAUUACUAUGCAGUAGCGGUCGUAAAAAAACAAAAGUACGAUCAAAACCCUAGAAGACCUGGAGGGAAAGAAAUCUUGUCACACAGGAGCGGGAAAACCAUCUAGUUGGGUUGUACCCGUUGGUACACUGUUGGCCAAGAAAUUCAUGACUCAAGACGCCAGCUGUAAUCCGUACGUAUCAGCUGGGAAGUAUUUUAAACAAAGCUGUGUACCAAGUAAGUCAUUAAAUCAUCUGCAACAAGUCAUUAGUUUGCUGAAGUAUCAGAAGUAACCUCGUACCCAGGGUCCUCUCUCUUCCUCUCUCGAAGGAGGAAGAAAGAAGACCCUGGGAACGAGGUUGCAUUAAAGACACUUUGGUAUUCGCCAAUCCUUGGUGUGUCUGUGGCAUCUUCGUUUUAGUUAGCUCUCUGAUUGUUUAUGAAAACUCGAACUAGUUAGUCCACCAAUCAAAUGCGAUGCGAGAAACCACCCUAGCCUGGUACUCGGCAAUUUUUCGCUGUUUACCCCUGAUCAUAUAAUUAUAUUACGAUACGAUAACUUUAUUCAUACACGGUAUUUCCAUCCGUCUAUUAAGAUACCGGUACCAGACUAUAGCUAUUUACCUAUAUAUAAUGAAAAUUAUAAAAAUAUUUCAAAAAUAAAGAUUGCUUUUCAUCUAGGCCGUGUCUAGAAAUUUACUUAAACUUAAAAUAUUACUUAAAAUUGUGGCGACUCAAUUUAGAUUUGAAAUCGGUCAAUGAAGAUACUUUCCUUAGGUCUAUAUGUAAGUUGUUCCACAGCUAAGCUCCGCUAUAUACGAAAAAUCUUUCGCAAUUUUUUAGCAACUUUUUGCCGUUCCAGUGAGCAACUCUUUCCAGCAUUUAACUAUCCUGGAUUUCUCCAGCCGCCGCUGGAGUCAAUAUCCAAGGAAGGUCACAGAUUCGAUUUUAUAACUUUAAUGAACAGUCACAGGUUUCACAAGGUCUUCGGACGUUCACGGUCAAAGGCUAACUUAGAUCACAUUGCUUCAGAUUAACAACUAAUUGGGUGUGCGCUUUCCGGUUGAGUGACAUAUUUCCGUAGUCAACGAUUACAUAAUUGCGUAAUGUGCGCCCCAGUCCUCGACAUAACGAGUAAAAUUGGGACGGGCCUACUCCAAGUCCCUUUAUAUUGAGUAAACCGGAACUAGCUCACUUGGCUGGAAUACUGACUUUACCUUAACCCUACAACUGAUCAAGAAAAAAAAUUAUAUAUCUAUAUUUAGAAUAGUUAUAAACUGAUUUCGAUUGUUUUGUCUUUGAAUUUCACUAAUUUUAUGAUUUUACUUUUUAAACUUAGAUGUUAAGAACCCCGAUAUUGAUAAAAAUAAUGAUAAUCCCGACAACCUGUGCGCGCUAUGCGAAGACGAAUGCAGGACUAAUAAGGGAAAGUACUCUGGUUACAGCGGCGCCCUGAAGUGCUUGAUGGAUGAUGUGGGUGAAGUGGCAUUUGUAAAGCAUACAACCGUGCCGGCAAAUUCAAGUGGUUACUUGUACCUGUGCGAGAAUGGAGGGACUGGUGGUACGAACUAUAUUUAAAUCAGAUUAGUAAUUCUUUGUUCCUUCGUUAUACUUUUACCAGAAUUAAUAUUUCUCGAGUACUUUGUUUCUCAAAAUUUUCAAUGGUUGAAACCAAAUUUGGCAGCCUCCCAUAGUUAUAAAUCAUAAUAUUAUUCCAGUUUUUAAACUUUCCGAUAAUUUAAGCCUUCAAACCAAUUUCGUAAUGAAGCAAGUGAUUAUAUUUACAGGUAAUGUGGGCCGGUGUGAGUUUUUUUUUUAUUUCCUCGUGUUGGUCAUCGAUGUUUUGGCGUCAAAAUAGCCAGUAGAACUAUCAUCACUAAUGGCUUCUUUAAAUUAGCUCUUUCUGAGUUUCAGCUCAGUUUCGGCUAGCACAAUCUCAGAGAUUCCGCCUCAAAACUGUUUUUGUUCUGUUUUUUACUUAACUCGAUGAGCGUAGAACUCAGCUCUCUGCCUCCCAAAGGCUUAUUUUGUCACUAUUUUCUUUCCUCCUCAUUUUUUUUGACAUACUCAACACAGCAGCUUGAAAUAUAUGACUAAAAUUUUUGCAUAGAUGUGCAUGAUCACUGUACCUGUUCGGCACGUCAUUAUAUAGCCGCUGACACUACCUGGAAACUCUUGGUACAUGUUGAAACUUUUAAAAAAAUUUUUCCUUCUCUUGAAUUUUUUUUUUCAGCAAUUGGAAACCACGAUAAGUGCAACCUAGCUGAAGUUCCCACUCAUGCUGUAAUGACGAGAGAGGGAAGCAGUGACAAAGCAAACUACGCUAGCAUCUUGUUAAAAGCAUCAGAUGAGUAUGGAAACGAUACCGGGUCUGUGUUCAGGAUGUUUGACUCAGGCAAGUGGGGCGGAAAAGAUCUUCUUUUCAAAGAUUCCACGAUCAAGCUUGUAGACGUCAGUGCUAAGAACUACACGGCGUUGCUUGGAUACAGUUAUUUGAAAGACCUCGAGGCGUUGAAUGCAUGCCCAACCACACCCAUCCCAGCGACAACCACCCCAACCUCAGGAACCAAGCAGAAUAGGCCCUACUUUAUUGGUUCUGUCGUUUUCGUGUUGACAGCUCUGUUCCUGUCCGGAGCUGUAUAUCACUGAAAACCUUUACCAGAUAACUCAUCCAAGAGCUGCAGAUUCUAGAAGUGUAACUACUAGCUUAUGUAAUUUUUUAUUUGUCUAAUUUGGUAGCUAGAGUUUUUGUCGCCGAUGUCACUUUGCUACAGUAAUAUAGCCUGAAAAUUCCCGGUAGAAACUAGAACUUUAGUUGCCGAAUUGCAGAGGUUCCACGCUUGUUACUCAACGCUAUUCGUCACGGUCCGACCGAGCGCUGCGUAAGAAAUCUUAAUACAGUUGUUGACCAGCCGGCUGAUGUCGGCGUAGUUCAAGUCAAUGCAUUUUUUUUUUGUAAUACGAGUGUAACUGGCCUUGCAUGUAGUUCAUCGUUUUAUCCUUAAAAAUACUGAUAGACAAAGCUACGUGGAUAUUGAAGAUAAAACGGCAAGUGAGGUAUAACAAAGAGAAAGAAGUAGCUUUGUUGUUUUGUUCGGUAAACACCAAAUUCAUUGGAAUAGUGUCGAAGUAAGAGAACAAUGAUCGUUAUCUAGAAGAAAACAUUUUUUCUUUGUUUCGUUCGAAAGGCUGCGCUAGAAAAGAUUGUUGUGAGUUAUAGAAACGAUUAAGACGAAG